AAGUACUUGUUGAAGAUCACAACUGAAACACUCAAUUGAUUUAUAUAUUUUAGCAGAUGAUUACAAAUGAAACUACAGUGUAUUGUUAUGUAAUAAUGUAAUUUCAUGAUUAUUCAUGUUCCAAGCAGCAAUUCCACAUGCUUACGUUAGUCUAGAAUUAAUAACAACAGUAAUAUACAUUGAGCAUUUAAUGUGUCAUUAUUGAAUAACAAACAAAACGUCCAUUGCUGUCAAAAUUCAAUAAUCACACUGUACGUCCAAUAAUGAAAAUAAUCGUGAUUUGGUGUGGAGAAUUUUAGUCAACAGAAACAACGUGUUUUCAUUUCAUUCUGCUCUAUCAAGAAAGAUGUCUCGAUUAUCCUUUAGGCGUUCACCGCCGCAAACAUCAACUGUAUCUAGUCAUAGUCCACUGUUACACAAUUUAGAAAUCGGGAAAUAUAUUGGCCGUUAUGGACCUGGCUUUUUAUGGAGUUUAUUUGAGAGUAUGGAAGCAAAUACAAAAUUGAAACGUACAGCAUUUAUAUGCGACAAAAAAAUGUUGGACAGAAUCAAUAAACAUCGUCGACGUGAAUUAAUCUUAGAGACAUUACGUAAUGAUUUGAUAAAUUUAAACAAACUGAAACAUUCACGUUUUGUACAACUGAUACAUGAUAUGGAAGAGACUAGUGAUUAUCUCACUUUCAUAACUGAACCGAUUAUAGGAAGUUUGGCAGACAUGUAUAUAAAUGAUCAAGAUUCGUCUUUUUGUGAAUUAGAAAUUAUAUUUGGAAUAUAUCAGAUUACAGAUGCACUGAGAUAUCUUCAUAGUACGCAGGAAUUAAUGCAUUGUAACAUAAAUACAGCGUCAAUCUUGUUGGUUAACAAAAGUAUAUGGAAAUUGGGUGGAUUGAAUUUUUUGGAAAAAAUUGUCGAUACUACAAAGAUAACUCCAAAAUUUACCGGGUGUUCAGUAAAACUGCCACUGUUCGCUCAGCCAGAUUUAGAUUUCAUUGCUCCAGAAGCCCAGAUGUAUAAUUCCAUGUCACCGCUAGCCGAUAUGUUUUCCCUAGGAAUGGUAGUUUGUGCUAUUCACAAUCAAGGACAUUCUUUGAUUGACUCAGAGCAGAAUCCAACUGUUUAUGUCAAACAAUUACCAGAAAUUCCAAACAGUUUUGAAAAAAUAUCUGAACGACUACCUAAAACAUUAUUAGAACCUGUACGUAAAAUGAUCAGUCAGGAUGUUCGUGAAAGACCAACAUCACAGUUAUUUGCUUUGUUAAAGGUGUUUAAUGAACCAGUAGUUCUUUCCUACGAAGGUUUACUUACGUUGAAUGAAAAAUCAAUAAAUCAGAAAAAAGAAUUCUUCGGUCGAUUGCCCAAAGUUAUACCUCUAUUUGAAUCUAAUGUCAGAUAUAAAUACAUUCUACCGCUUAUUUUACAAUGGUUAAAUGAAUCCAAUGAAUUGAUCCCGAGCAUUCUACCAACAUUUUUAACGAUGAUUAAAGUGGCGGAAUCGGACGAUUAUGACAGAUAUUUAAAACUUCAUUUGCAGAAAAUUUUAACUGAAACCAAAUCACUUCAGACAAGUAUGGUAAUACUGGAUCAUUCAGAUUUCUUCAUUAAUCAUAUUAGUCAAGAGGACAUUGAAAAUCUUGUGCUUCCCGAAUUAUUUAUCUGCCUCGAACCAGGCACUCCAAAAUCAUUGGAAACUGUUCAGAAUGCAAUUUCAGUAUUGUCAAAAUAUCUAAGUAAUACUCAAAUUGUCCAAUCAAUUCUACCACAGCUCAAAGAAAUUUACAAUCGUAAAACGUCAAAUCUAAAGAUUCGUAUUGCAUGUUUGGAAUGUUUGGGAAGACUUUUGAAAAAAUUCACAUUAUCUACACUAUGCGAUGAUGUACUGCCAUUUUUGAGUUCAAUUCGUACAGUUGAUCGUGAAUUAGUUCUUGCAGUUGUAGCUUUGAAUCGUCGACUUCUAUCAGAAAGAAACAAUGAAAUUUCAUAUACUUACAUAGCUGGGAUGUUAUUACCUUGUAUGGUGAACUUUUUGGCAUUGAAAACACUGACUAUGCCUGAUUUCCGGGCUGUAGUUAAUUUAACUCGAACCAUGCUAGACCUUAUCGAUCGACAGCGUUCAAUCGAACUAAGAACACAAACUGGAUCGAAAUCAGUCGGUGGCAGCUGUUCUGACAUGAGUUUGCCAUUUGGUGCACCUCGAAAUCUUCCACUAAUCGCUAUGCAACGUCCAACUAUAGAUUCUGAAUUAUUAUAUGUAGAUAUGGAUGAUCCAAAGCUUUCACGGUCUAGUUUGGAUUAUCGUCGCAGUUCUGGCAGUGAAGUUACUGGAGCAAAUCGAUGGAGCAGAAAUAGCUUGUUGAGCCAACGGUUACAAGCUUCAAAACAUAGAUCAGAAAGCUUAUUGUUCAAUACAAAGCACAGAAACUCUAUCGGUGAUCAUAGAUUUUGGAAUGAAAGUGCAAGUAAUCCGAAUUUUAAUUAUUACGGUCAUUCAAGUACAAAUUCUCGUAUAGGCGCUAGUCCAAUUUAUAUUUCAAGUCCAACUUGUGGAGAUUUUUAUAAAAUGAGAAGAUAUUCUGGAAAUAUUUUAACUCGAUCCACGGAGAAUCAAGUGAAUACACAUGAUAACUUGGGUUCAUUGAAUGUCCCAAGGUACAAUAAUGGUUUUCUAGACCCCAGAAGACAUAGUUAUGGUUUUACGCCGAGUACAUCAACUAAGUCUUUAAUUACUGUGAAUAUAUGCGAAGGUCCUUUUGUUACACCACUCAGUUAUCGUGGUUCAAUACGUCGAAAUUCUGGCUGGAGCUGUGGUCAAUUUCCUACUUCUCAAGUGACGCAACCCACUGAUGAAGAUAUUCAAAGGCGUUCCAGUUUGAAUGCUAUAGGUGACUUGCUGGCAUCAACAUUCAAGAAAGUUUUGUGAAAUAUUUAACUAAUAAAAUAUAAAAAGAAGAUCGUUUUGUAUGCAAUAUUGUCAUUAGUGUGUAUCAUCAGAGAUUUUUACUUGUGUUUUUGUUAUUUUAAUGUGUAUACAAUUUUGUUCUUCUUAACUUUAUAAGAACUAGAUGUGUGCAACGAAAUUCCAAUGUCACUUACCAACCAAUACAAUGGAUUUUCCUUUUUCUUAUUUGUCUGUAAACUGU